GCGUCGGCGGCGUCGGCGGAGGUCUGGUGGCUAAGGCGGCUGAGGUGGCCGCUGAAGCUGAGGCGGCGGGCGCGGCCAGGAUGGCGAAGAGCCUCGAAGAGAACGGGCCGCGCGCGCCCGCAGCUGAGGGGAGCCUGUCGGGGACUCGGGAGAGCUUGGCCCCGGGCCCCGACGCCGCAGCCACCGACGAGCUUAGCUCUCUGGGCUCCGACUCAGAGACCAACGGCUUCGCCGAGCGCCGCAUCGACAAGUUCGGCUUCAUCGUGGGCUCGCAGGGCGCAGAGGGCGCGCUGGAGGAAGUCCCCCUGGAGGUGCUGAGGCAGAGGGAGUCCAAGUGGCUGGACAUGCUCAACAACUGGGACAAGUGGAUGGCCAAGAAGCACAAAAAGAUCCGACUGCGGUGCCAGAAGGGCAUCCCACCUUCUCUGCGGGGCCGUGCUUGGCAGUACCUGUCAGGAGGCAAGGUGAAGCUGCAGCAGAACCCUGGAAAGUUCGACGAGCUGGACAUGUCCCCUGGGGACCCCAAGUGGCUGGAUGUGAUUGAGCGUGACCUGCACCGACAGUUCCCUUUCCACGAGAUGUUUGUGUCCCGGGGGGGCCACGGCCAGCAGGACCUGUUCCGGGUGCUGAAGGCCUACACGCUGUACCGACCCGAGGAGGGCUACUGCCAGGCCCAGGCGCCCAUUGCUGCCGUGCUGCUCAUGCACAUGCCUGCCGAGCAAGCCUUCUGGUGCCUGGUGCAGAUCUGUGAGAAGUACCUGCCUGGCUACUACAGUGAGAAGCUGGAGGCCAUCCAGCUGGACGGGGAGAUCCUCUUCUCGCUGCUGCAGAAGGUGUCUCCCGUGGCCCACAAGCACCUCAGCCAGCAGAAGAUCGACCCGCUGCUCUACAUGACCGAGUGGUUCAUGUGCGCCUUCUCACGCACCUUGCCCUGGAGCUCCGUGCUGCGCGUCUGGGACAUGUUCUUCUGCGAAGGAGUCAAGAUCAUCUUCCGGGUGGGCCUGGUGCUGCUGAAGCACGCGCUGGGCUCCCCCGAGAAGGUCAAAGGCUGCCAAGGCCAGUACGAGACCAUCGAGCGACUGCGGAGCCUCAGCCCCAAGGUCACGCAGGAGGCCUUCCUGGUGCAGGAGGUGGUGGAGCUGCCCGUGACGGAGCGCCAGAUCGAGCGCGAGCACCUAAUCCAGCUGCGGCGCUGGCAGGAGACGCGGGGGGAGCUGCAGUGCCCGUCCCCGCCCAGGCUGCACGGCGCCAAGGCCAUCCUGGAGGCAGAGCCGGGCCCGCGGCCCAGCCUGCAGCCCUCACCGUCCAUCCGCCUGCCCCCAGACGCCCCCCUCUCUGGUUCCAAAGGCAAGUCCAAGACAUCCAAGCAGGUGCAGAAGGAGCCACGGAAGCCGGGGAAGGAGAGUGGGCAGCAGGACCGGCCCCCUGCCCCAAGUCAAGCCAAAGCGGCGGCCGCCGCGGGAGAUGCAUCUCCUCCACAGGAUGUGCCCCCAAAGGACCUGGCUCCCCAGGACCCCCAGGGCUCGGCUCCCCAGGACUCAGCCCACCACCGCUCCCGGGAGAGCCUGACAUCCCAGGAGAGUGAGGACACCUACUUGUAACCCUGGCAGCUCAGGCCCCUGGGCUGGGGUCUCCACAUACCACACGGUUCACCGACUGACUGACACUGCAGGGCCCGCCCGCCCCCCGAGGGCCCGCUGCCUGGCCCCGGGUGGCAGGGAGUCUGGCUGGCCCAGCACAGAUUCUGCCUGAGUCUCCUUAUUUAUUUUCUCCAGAGCAGAGCUCGGCCGGCCCAGCUGGGGCAGGCAGAAGUGCGGGCCAACGGGUGGGGCCUCACUCAGCCCCUCCUGGGG